AUGGCUUCCUCGAAAUUUGUUAACAGAAUCAACAAAGUACCUGCUACGCAGAGUAGCGGGUCGGUGGGCAAGACUCAAGCUCAGAAGCCAAUUGAACCCUUAAUUCCUUCAAAUAUUAUAGAUGUUGCAUCACAGAAAGCAUACUUCAUAGGAAUAUUUUUAUUGAUACAAGCAUGGAAAAUUCAACAGUGCGUAAUAUUGAAAACCACAGAAAAUCAGUAUGAGUAUGACCAGUUUGCUUUCAUACUAAAGUUCUUUGUCAUAGACUCAUUGUUUCUCUGGCUACUACCGAUCUUCAGAAUUCCAUCAUUGACUUUUCAUCCAUUCAUCACUUUUCUUCAGUCAAUAAUGAUCACAACUUUCACAAUUUUCUUGUCAUGUAACUUGACAACUGUGUUUUCCCCACUUAUUGUUUCUAUCUAUGGUGUUUCAAAGAUCUCUAAAACUCCGGGAUCUAACAGUGGUUUAUUGGCUAACGUUCAUCGCGAUGAUAUUGCCAGUGAUGUUGAAGUGCUCGGGAACUUAGAACAUUCAGACAGUGACUAUUUCAAAGGGAAGAAAACGAUUAAUAUUUUGCCAAAAUCAACUUUCCACUUCAAUCCAUUUGGGGAGAACCAUUGUAUUGAUUCUGAGCAAAAUGUCCCAACGCUUCCAAGUCUAGUUACAGUCCCUAUUAAAUUCAAUUCUUCAAACGAAAUCUCAAAUAUUGAGCUUAUUUACACUGAUUAUGAAAAUAAUACCAAAGUUAUUAAUUAUAACAAAAGACAAAUUAAAUCUGUGAUGAUAACCGAUAAGCAUAAGUUUAAUGCCUUGUUGAGAAAAGAUUUGAUUGUAAACGGGCGCGAUUACACCAAUGACAAACACGCUGACUUUGAAUCUAUUUUACCAGGAAUUGAUCUCACAAGAAUUAGCUUUGCACAAUUAACUCUUGAUAAACCAGGGUUUUACAGAAUUGGUAGAGUAGUUGAUGCGAAGAACAUGCCAGUGAAAGUUUAUAGUUCCAAUAUGAUUAUUUCGAAAUGUCCAAACGCAAGAAUAUUUGACGUCAAAGACAGCAAAGAUAUUAUCACCAACAAGGAUUAUAAAUGUAUUGGGGAUUAUAAUAACUUGAAGAUUAACAUUAAUGGUGUUCCACCUUUACGGGUCAAGUACACUAAGAUGUUCAAUGAGCAUAUUGAGGUUGUCGAAGAAAAGUUAUUGCAACCAGCUUCAAGGGACUUCAAGUCACCGUUGGUCACAGCAGCUUCUGUUUGGGACUCAAAAUCAAGCCAGUUUUUCUCUGUUAGUGAUUUCUUGCGCAAAUUAAACUCAAAAGAACUUGAAAACUUUUUCAGCUGGUCAGACUCAUACGAAAGUGAGGUGAAAAUCAAUAAAAUUGUCAAGAAGCCAGGUGAUUACUCCUAUAUUUUAGAAGAAGUUGAAGAUGGUUUUGGUAAUGUGGUGAAUUUGACGAGUAUCUAUGAAUUAGAAUACAACACAAAAUAUUCGUCUAAGUAUCCAUCAUUAGAAGAAUAUUUAAAAAACGAGAAAUUAUAUCAGACCUCUACCGCUUACGAAUCUCCAAAGUUGAAAUUGAUUGAUACCCUUCCAAACAAACCUUUAAUUGAAAAAGAAUCUAGGGAUUUGAAGUUGGUUAUCAACGGAUUAGAUUACAACUCACAUCAAAAUAUCAAAGAGUUGCAGAAGCUUGAACCAAUCUAUGCUAACAUAACUUAUAUCAACAAUAAUGAUAAUGUUCUUGAUUCAAGCAAUGAAAAGAGAAGAAGAGAGAUUUUGAUUGAAAAUUACGAAUUUAAUACCGCUAAUGAUUUCAAAUUCAUCGCCGAAAACCCUGGUUCAUAUAAAUUAGAAUCUGUUGAUUUGAAAUAUUGUCCGGGUCUCAUAGAUGACACCAGUAAACGUAUUGAUAUUUUCAAAGCUUUCAAACCUUAUUUGUCGGUGUUAUCAAGCUCUUCUAUUAAUGAUACUUGCUUAGGCCAAAUUGGAUUGAGUUUUGAUUUAUUAUUGACUGGUAUCCCACCGUUUGAAGUUAAAGUUAAUAAUUAUCAAUUUAUUGAUAAUGGCAAAAAGAAAUUGAUAGGAUCCAAGAAAUUGAAAGUUCAAUCAUCCAAUAGAUUCCAAUACAAUUAUGAGCCUGAACAUGAAGGUAAUUACGAAAUUGAGUUCAGCGCAGUUCAUGAUAACAUUUACAAAAACUUUAUUGAUUUGCAGCCGAUUGAAAAAUAUAGAUUCAAAACAUCAAUGAGAGCCAAGCCAGACGCUAUGUUUUUAGACUUGUUUAAUAAUAAAGACAGACACGGUCAGCAUCAUGGUGCGUUUGAAAAGAGGUUGUGUUUGAGCUCAGAAAGCGAAAUAUUGCCGGUUAAAUUGAACGGGGAGGCCCCAUUUGAAAUUACUUAUGAUAUCACCGAAAGAGCAACUAGCAGAAGAAAGACUUAUACUGCUAAGUCCAUCAAUCUGAAUAACUAUAACUUAAAACUUCCUGUUUUCACAAAAGGUGGUAACUAUGUUGUUUCUUUGACAUCUAUAAAAGAUAAGUCCAAUUGUGUUGUCCUCUUAAAUGGUCAAGACAUCAAUAUAAACAUCAAAAAGGAGCUUCCAUUUGCCAGAUUUGAACCUACUCUUGAAAGCGAAGUUGUGACCUUGAAGGGUACAAAGGGCUACAACAUCAAGAUUAAGGACGGGCAACACGUUGAUUUGCCUAUCAAAUUAGUCGGAGAAAAAAAUGUUCAAUUGUCUUAUAAGGUCGUUGAUUAUGAUGGAAAAACUAUUAAGGAUACUUUAGUGAAAUCUUUCAAUAACUACCAGAAUAAAGCAGUAUUGAAUUCGAAUAUUAGAGUAUCCAAUGCCGGGGUUUAUUAUCUCACUGGCGUGAAGGAUAAUUUGUGUCUUGGGAAAGUUGAUGAGGGUUCAUUCUAUAAUGUGACAUAUUAUUCAAAGCCAGAGUUGAUUAUCAAUGAAUCCAAGAAUUCGAUGGUUACCAAAAGGUCAAACAAUAUUUUUGCUAAAGGGGAUAUCUGUUUGAAUGAGCAUCAUAAUGUCAUCGACUUGCUCUUUAAAGGUGAAGCACCUUUUGUGGUUGACUACAAUAUUGAGUUGCCAAAUGGUGCGAGAAAACAAAAGAGCAUCAAAGUCUCGUCAAAUUUCAUCUCUAUUAAUCUUUUGGGUGACUUGCAUCCUAGUGAGAGAUUGACUGGUAUUUAUACCUACACUUUCACCUCUAUUAGCGACGCGAUUUAUUCAAAGAGUGAUUUGAGAAGUUUGGGAAGCUACAUGUUUGAAAAACAGGUGAUUAGACAAAAUGUUAUUCCGGUUCCUAAUGCCAAGUUCUUGUAUAGAGAUUCCAGCAAAGUUUUGCAAACUUGUUCUAAUAAUUUGGUGUUGUCGUCUGACUUUAACAGCAAAAACUCUAAGUUCUUAGAUCCAUUGGUUCUUAAAUUAGAAGGACAUGCACCAUUCGAAGCCCAUUUGGAAGUGUACAAUGAAAAUUUCAAUAAAUUCCAUAGCAUUGUUCUCCAAGAUAUCAAUACAUCCACAGUUAACUUGAAUAAGGAGAUUCUCAAGUAUUUAUCUUUGGGCAAUCACUUUAUCACGGUUAAGAAGGUCAUUGAUGGCAAGGGAUGCAUCAAGGACGAAUUCCCAAUCCAAUCUAAAGAAUUGAACUCUAUUUCUGCUAAUAAUGCAGGUAGUGUGUUGUUGGAUCACCAAGUUAUGAUUUCUAUCACUGACACCCCAAAGAUCAGCAAAGUCACUGCUGGAUCUGAUUUGUGUAUUGGUGAAUACGUUGAUUAUAAACUUCACGGAACUGGUCCAUUUGAAAUUCAAUAUCUUUUCAAUGACGAUAUCAAGACCGCCACUGUGAAAAAUCUUUUCGAUUUCAAAAGAUUGUUGGUUCAACCUGGUGUAUUGGAAAUUAUUUCAGUUAGAGAUGUAUUCAAGUGUGUUGUGGAACUUGAUUCUGCCCAACGGAAAGAUUCAAGGGUGAUAAUCCAUGAUAAACCAUCGGUGGAAAUUGUUAAUCCAAAUGAUGAAAAUAUUCAAGAAGGAGACGAAGUUGAAAUUUCGUUUAAGUUUACCGGUGUGGCACCUUUCAAUUUGAUUUACAAGAGAAUUUUCAACAAUUUGAAGGAUUCCGAAAUUUACCAUGUUAAUAACAUUGAAAGCAAUGAAUAUAGAAUAAAGACAAGCUUACAAGGUUCAUACAUCGCUAUAGAAGUGAGAGAUGCUCAUUGCGAGAUUAGAAGAAACGUGUGA